UUUCCACUUCCGGAGAGCUGUCGCCAGCUUGUUUUGGUCCUUGUGGUCAUGUUUCGGACUGUUUUGGGAAGACUGGUGACGGAGACAGUUCGUGUUCCCAGAUAUGUGAAUAAUGCAGCUUUAAUACAGACGUUAAAUCCCGGUUUAGUGUCGGUCAGGAGCUUUUCAGGCGUGAAGGACGAAGAGCAGCAGUCGUUUGACACCUCCCUGCUGGAGUUCCUGGUCUGUCCUCUGUCCAAGAAGCCACUGAGUUAUGAGCCCAAGACCAACGAGCUGAUCAACAAGGAGCUCGGUAUCGUCUACUCGAUCACUGACGGCAUCCCCAACAUGAUCCCUCAGGAAGCCAGACUCCUGGAGAAAGACGCCGACACCUCAACCAAACCAGCGCAAGAUUAG